CAUUUCAAAGAGGAAACACUAAGAUUCAUAACAUGCAGACCUGAUAUCAGAGCAUUUGAAAAUUAUGUAGGAGUGAAUCACACAAAAUGAAUAAGUUCAGAAAACUUAAAAGAGUCCUAUCUAUGACUGGGAUAAUAAUAUGUUCACUACUUCUUAUCCAUAUUAAUUUGCCUUGGAUGAAAGGAUUUUUCCUACCAAAUUACCCCCUGAUUUUGAACAAUGCUAAUGGAAAUUCUGCAGCAGUCAAAGAAAUGAUGAAGAUAAAAGAUUUUUCUUCAAAAUAUGGAAACGGUUUUGUAAAUUCACCAGAGGAGGUCAUAGGAGUACCACUGAGAAUGGAGGAUAUAACUUUUGAGGAAAUUCAAAAAUCUGGAUGGAUUGACACUGGAAAAUAUUCUCCAGAUAAUGAGCUUGAUUUUGUACCCCCUGUUCCAACAUUUUCCGUUUAUGAUAUUGUUUAUCAAUUAAAACCGAAAAUUAUGCGAAAAUAUUUAGCCCUCGAUAAAAGAAAAUAUGAAAAUUAUAGCAUUGUGAUUCUUACCCCAAUACAUAAUAGUGAAAAUGAUCUUGUGCAGUAUGCACAGUUAAUUAGUGAACUUGAUUAUCCAAAACACAAACUUUCUAUUGUAUUUGGUGAAGAUGGAAGUGAAGAUCAAACACUCAAAGUUGGAAAAGAUAUUUUAAAAGAAUUUCGCAAACAAGGAUUUCAAAGGGCUGAAAUUUUUCAUUUUAACAUAUCGGGUCAAAUAAGUGGGGAUUGGAAUAGCAUUCAUGACCAGGUGCUUCAACAUAUACGAAGAAGACAUCUUGCCAAAGCACGCAACCUGCUUCUUAAAGUUGGCUUAAAAGAUGAAGACUAUGUGUUGUGGAUUGAUGCGGAUGUUGGUGUACUUCCCUCUGACCUUAUCCAACAGUUGAUCUAUGCAAACAAAGAUGUUGUUGCUCCGUGUUGUUUAUAUAGAAAGGGUCAGUAUACUAAUGUUUAUGACAAAAACACUUGGAGAGAAACAAAAUAUUCUCUACAAGCACAAAAAGAUCUCAGCAAAACACAGCUGGUUUUAGAAGGGUAUGGACCCACAAUCAGACUUUAUUUACCUCACUUGAGGGGGGAGGGGAGGGUAGUCCCUCUUGAUGGUGUAGGGGGUUGUAGUUUACUAGUCAAGUCAAAGUGCCAUAAAAAGGGGCUUAAAUUCCCGGAGGAGAUUUUUCAGAAUCAUAUUGAAACUGAAGGACUAGCCAAGCUUGCCAAGAGUUUGGGAUUUGGUGUUUACGGGAUGCCAUUUGUUGAAGUAUAUCAUAAGUAAUGCUGUCUCCAUAUAUGCUUUGUUUUUCAACAUUGUCUUAUUUUAUGUAAAAAUGUAAACAAAAUCAUUUUGCAUUCAAAUAUUUUAUGAAUAGUAAUGGUUUUUACAAAUAUCUCAAAAUUUGAAGAUUUACUUGUAUAUAAACUUAGAAGAGCUAGUCAUUUAGAAUCUUGUCAUCCUAUGUCAGAGGUUUGCCGAAAUUGACAGGCAUGGAAUUUAACAAGACUUAUACCAUGUACUAAAAACUACUGUCUAAUAAUACAUACUGGGUAUUAUUUAAAACGUAACUAUGUAUUGUUUAUAGAUUUAAUGUAUAAUAUUUUAAUAUCGAUUUAUUGUUAAGUGUUAAUGAUAGUUUUUCCUUGUUAAAAAAACAUUCCAACAUUUUAU